CGAAAACGGAGCAUAUUCUUCUAACUUGGACACUAUUUGAGAUGAACGUUUGAUGCAGAAACAUUGUCCAAAAACAGAUGACUCUACUUUUGUAUUUCAUUUUUUUCAUCUAUAUAUGCAUGAAGAAUAACUUUUGAGUCCUCAAGUCACAAUUUCUUCACACAAACUUUAGUCUAAAGUUGAAGACCUUGAUUAAUCUUAUUAUGGAGACACAGUAUGAUGAUGAUACUUUCUAUGCUGAGAUUAGGAGACAAAUUUUGCUUCUGACAUCUGAAGAUAACGAAGAUUCCCUUGAAAGGAAACGUUACAAGUCCACAAGUGUUGGUGAUAAUGGUUAUGGUGGUUCAAUCAGGUCAGUUUAUAGCAGAACAUCUCCACCUGCAAGUAAUUUCUGUUCCUGGGAAACAAACAGCUCUGAUUCACCUCCUUAUUGGCUUGUGAGCCUUUGGAAGAAUGGAAAAGGAACUGGGGUGUUCAUUCCCCAAGCUGCUUCAUCAGCUCCAAACAACAACAGACAAGGUAAAAUGAAUAGCAGGAGAAAAAUAUAUAAACCAGUGGUGAACAAGUACUGAAGAUAAACGGUUUCAGAUCUCUGCUUAGCAGAAAUUGAAGAUUGCAGCUUUACUCCUGAUUCAGCUUACUUGAAUCAAUCAGACUUUAGAGCAUAGAAAAAUUACAAGAGCAAAGGUGGGAAGCAGUUGUAAAAUACUUCUAUCCUAUAAAUAAAUGUGUACUCACAAUUCCACA